UGCUCUUGUAGCCUCACUUCAUUAAUGUAUACCACUUUUCAAUUUUUUUUCUCUGUUUUCAACCUCUGCACCAAAUUGUAUAGAACAUGUUGAUGUCAACUCUCAAACUUCUCUUCAUCACCUUGCUUUCCAUCAUUGUUUCGUCGGCCAUCAUUGCCACCGCCGAUGAGGCCAAGAACUCUGUAACUUAUGAUGGCAGGUCACUCAUUAUCAAUGGAAAACCGGAGCUACUCUUCUCCGGUUCCAUUCAUUACCCGCGAAGCACCCCAGAGAUGUGGCCUGAUCUUCUUGACAAGGCAAAACAUGGAGGUUUGAACGUGAUCCAAACGUAUGUGUUUUGGAACAUUCAUGAACCUGAGAAAGGCAGCUUAAAAUUCGAAGACAACUAUGAUUUGGUAAAGUUCAUCAAGCUCGUACAAGAGAAAGGAAUGUAUGUAACCCUCAGGGUUGGGCCUUUCAUUCAAGCUGAAUGGAAUCACGGAGGCCUUCCAUAUUGGCUAAGAGAGGUCCCUGACAUCAUAUUCCGUUCUAACAAUGAACCCUUUAAGAAUUACAUGAAAAAAUAUGUAUCAGCCAUUAUAGAAAAGAUGAAAGAGGAGAAGCUCUUUGCUCCCCAAGGAGGCCCCAUCAUCUUGGCACAGAUUGAGAAUGAAUACAACCAUGUCCAACUUGCUUAUGAAAAGGACGGGGAUGAUUAUGUGCAAUGGUCUGCAAAUAUGGCAGUGGCAAUGGAUAUUGGAGUUCCAUGGAUCAUGUGCAAGCAGAAGGAUGCUCCUGAUCCAGUGAUUAAUGCAUGCAAUGGAAGGCACUGUGGUGAUACCUUUACAGGCCCAAACAAACCAUACAAGCCUUCCUUAUGGACUGAAAACUGGACUGCACAGUAUAGAGUUUUUGGAGAUCCACCAUCCCAAAGAUCUGCUGAAGACAUUGCCUUCUCAGUUGCCCGCUUCUUCUCUAAGAAUGGGGCUUUGGUCAACUACUACAUGUACCAUGGAGGAACAAACUUUGGUAGAACAACCUCUGCAUUUACAACAACUCGUUACUACGAUGAAGCUCCUCUUGAUGAGUUUGGUCUGCAGAGAGAUCCAAAAUGGAGUCACCUGAGGGAUGCGCAUAAGGCUGUGAGCCUAUGUAAAAAGGCUCUUCUCACGGGAAAGCCUAGUUCCACAAAAUUAAGCCGAUAUCAUGAGGUUAUAGUGUAUGAGAAAGAAGGAACUGAUUUGUGUGCUGCUUUCAUCACAAACAACCACACCAAAACAGCAAAAAGUAUAAACUUCAAAGGCUCAAAAUAUUAUUUGCCACCGCGUUCCAUCAGCAUCCUCCCUGAUUGCAAGACUGUUGUGUUCAACACCCAAAAUAUUGCUUCACAACAUAAUUCAAGAAACUUCGAGGAGUCAAAGGUUGCAAACAAUCAUAAGUGGGAGGUGUUUUCUGAGAGCAUUCCAACCACCAAGGAAUUGAAAACUGAUAGUGAGGUUCCUGCAGAGCUUUACAGCUUGCUUAAAGACACCACUGACUAUGGAUGGUACACCACAAGCGUGGAAUUAGGUCCAGAAGAUUUGCCAAAGAAGAAUGGUGUAUCCCCGGUUCUUCGAAUUAUGAGUCUAGGACAUACAUUGCAUGCCUUUGUAAAUGGAGAAUACAUUGGAUGUGGUCAUGGUAGCCAUGAGGAGAAAUCUUUUGAAUUCCAGAAACCUGUAGAGCUAAAGGUUGGAGUUAACCAGCUAGCUGUGCUGGCUACCACAGUGGGACUCCCAGAUAGUGGAGCAUACAUGGAGCACAGGUAUGCUGGGCCCAAGUCUAUAUUCAUCAUUGGUCUUAACUCUGGAAAAAUUGAUCUAAGUCUCAAUGGUUGGGGUCAUCAGGUUGGUCUCAAAGGUGAGAAGAAUAAAAUUUUCACCGAGAAGGGAUCAAAGAAAGUAGAAUGGAAGGAUGUCAAGGGACCUGGACCUGUUCUCUCAUGGUACAAGACAAAUUUUGCAACCCCUGAGGGAAGGGAUCCAGUUGCCAUUAGGAUGGAGGGUAUGGGGAAGGGAAUGGUUUGGAUCAAUGGUAAAAGCAUUGGUCGUCAUUGGAUGAGUUACCUCUCUCCCCUUGGGAAGCCUACACAGUCAGAAUACCAUAUCCCAAGAUCUUACCUCAAUUCAAAAGACAACUUGCUUGUUGUGUUUGAGGAAGAGGUAGCUAGUCCAGAAAAGAUUGCCAUCCUAAAUGUCAACAGAGAUACAAUAUGUAGUUUCAUUACAGAAAACCAUCCCCCCAAUGUAAAGUCAUGGUCAUAUAAGAACAAUAAAUUUCAAUCUGUGGUGGAUAAUCCAGCCCCAGAAGCUACACUCAAGUGUCCAAACAGAAAAACCAUUAAGGCUGUGGAAUUUGCAAGCUUUGGUGAUCCUGAAGGUUACUGUGGAGAAUUUACUAUGGGAAAAUGCAAUGCACCUGACACACAGAAGAUAGUUGAACAGACAUGCUUAGGAAAAGAAGGUUGUUCAGUUCCAUUGGACAAAGCAACCUCCCAUGAUGCUUGCCCAGAUGUGACAAAGGCACUUGCAAUCCAAGUGAAGUGUGGUUUUUAGAAACCUGUCUUAAGGUGAGGUAGAGUUGAGUGUCUAAGUUAGUGAUUUGAUUAGUAAAGUGGAAUCCAUAUAUGCUCAAUUUUUUGUUAGUUUUUGUAGGAAAUGGUGCCUGAAAUUGUUUCCUUUACUUGACAAAAAAUUUACUCAUCCACUUUACUCAUUCACUAUGAGAAUUCAAUUUUGUUUUAUAUUGCAAAACAAUUGCUCCUCGAAUGAUGAAGUCUCUUGCAUUCCUUCCUGGCUCCUUAAAAUGAAGCACUUCAGGAUUGCAAUUUUAUAAAUGUUCAUUGGCUCAACGUCAUUAUUUAUGAUGUUUAAUGAAGAAUGAAA